GGGGAGGAGCACAGAUCACCUGGGAGCAGGUGCAGCACCAGGAUCACCAGGAUAGUCAGAAGAGCUUGACAGGAUGGCAAAUUUUAAGGGUCACGCACUUCCAGGCAGCUUCUUCCUGCUCUUUGGACUCUGGUGGUCUGUGAAAUACUCACUGCAGUAUCUCAGCCAGAAAGUAAAUAAAAAAUCCCACAGGGCUUACUGUUUCCAGCGUGUGGAUGCCAUUGAAGGGGGAAUCAAAAUCCUCUUUUCUCUAAUAGGGAUGCUGGCAGAGCAGUUUGUUCCCGAUGGUCCUCACUUGUACCUGUACAGCGGGGAGAAGCACGACUGGGUGAAGCUGAUGAACUGGCAGCACACCACCAUGUACCUCUUCUACGGCCUCUCUGGGGUGGUAGAUGUCUUCACCUUCAUCUCCCAGGUGGUGCCACAGGGUCUGGAUCGCCUUAUGUUGGCCAUGGCUGUGUUUGCUGAAGGUUGUCUCUUCUAUUACCAUGUCCUUCACCGCCCUAUGUUGGAUCAACACAUCCACUCCCUGCUGCUCAUCGCCAUCUUUGCUGGGGCUGGCAGCACCCUGCUGGAGGUUUUCCUGCGUGACAACAUUGUCCUGGAGAUGUUCCGAGCCCACAUCACCAUUGUCCAGGGAACGUGGUUCUGGCAGAUCGGUGUUGUGCUGUUCCAGCCAUGGGGAGGUCCCAUGUGGGAUGAGAAUGACCACAGCAACAUCAUGUUCCUCACGAUGUGCUUCUUCUGGCACUGGGCAGCUGCUGUGGCCAUCCUGGCUGUGAACUACAGCCUCGCUUACUGCUGUCUCCAGAGGCUCCGGAGGGGCAGUGGAGAGCCCUACAUCAACCUGGGGGUCCGGCAGCAGAAGUGUGACAGCAGCUCCCAAGCUGCCUUCUUGAACGGCUCUGAUGAAGAGUGAAGAGGGUGCAAACUCCUGCUCCAAAUACAUAAACAGUCACUUUUCCAGAAGAAACAAAUCAAAUUAAAUAUUUUUGUUUUGGAAGAGAGGUGCCCCCAUGGUGCUGCUGGGAGGAAGGCUGAGCACACAGGGCUGGCUGCCUCCAUCCAUAUCCAAAUAUAUCUGGCUCAGACAUGGCCACAACUUUGAAGUGAUUUUUAGCAGAAAAACAAAGCAUGGAAAUUCAGCAUGACAAGAUUACUUCAUCCUGUGGGCUCCCUUGUAUGCUCCCAUAGGGAUGGAGGGCAUCUUGCGGCCAGCUGACUUUUCCAAGAGCCUGGAGGCUUUGACCUGCUAUGGCUGAAGUCAGGGAAAUCUCCAGGCUGAGGUCAUGCACCUCUGACCCCAAGAAGGACGAGUUAGUGAGUGUUGAAUGUGAGACUAUGGCAAUUUUUGCAACACCACGGCUUGAUUGCACACAAUACAAAUGUUAUUACUGAAGCUUUGAACUAAAGAGGGGUUUUGUUAAUCAUUUUCAUGUUCACUUAAAGGCUAAGAGAGUAAAUAAAUGUAAAAUAAAAAUACUCACUGAGCUGAUAUCCUUAAAUUUAAGACCGAUAAAUUAUAGAAUGUGCAAUAAUAGCUUAGAAAAAUCCAUCCCUCAAACCUGCAAAACCUAAAGGACUGUAAGAUACAUGGCCAUGCAGCAGGGAUUAAUGAAAUGUCCCAGUUUUCCAUUGAAAAUAAACCCCCUCAGCUUGGAAAGCAAGAUGAAACAAGCACAUGAUUUGUCUUAAGCUGCCUUUACUAGCUAAUUUCUUGCAAAAAGUGAC